GCGGCAAGUUGCCCUACCAGUUUUCAUUCCGUGUUCAGCGUUCGUUGAGCAAAGUUGUCGUGUACGUCUGUGCUACCCGAGUGUUCGUUUUCGUGUGUUCGUUUCUUGUUCUUGACGCCUCUUGAAGUCUUCUUCCCGAGUUCGCGCGUUCUCGCUCUCGCUACCGCUUCCGCUCGUGUGUUGGUUGAAGAAAGUGUUACACAAACCUUGAACAACGGCUAAAUCCACACGCUAAUUGGUGUGGCCUGGUGAUUGAUGAUCACGCAAUCGUGUUAGUGUUUUCGAAAUAUAGUUAUAGCGUUUUGGGCCUGACCUGUGGAAAUAAGUCAAUCAGCGGAGAAAGUUUGAAAACGCACAGUGAUUAGCGGCGUAACGCGAAGAAUUUUAUGUGAUUUUCGGUGUUUGUAAAAGUUGCGAAAAUUUCGACCUACAAAAUGCCGACGCUUCAGCCCCGCAUAGGAUUUAGUAUUGACUCUAUAGUUGGGAACAGUACGCCCAAGUCGCCGCCGCAUGCGAUCACCAAGGUGGACGGAUCGCAGCGAUCGCCGAGUCCACCCCAGUCGUACUCGGUGCGGCUGAACCGGCUGCAGAGCCUGUCGCCGCCGCACAACUACAGCAUCACCCGGUUGCCGGAAUCGCCUCAAAGUAUCGAGUCGCAAACACGGCUGGAAAUGCACCAGACGACCACCAGCCCCGGCCUGCAAGCCCGACUGACCCCCGAUGAGCACCUCCAGCCCGCCCCCAAAAGACCGUGCAGCUCUUCACCACCAUCCUCGCCAGUCGGUCCAAUGCCACCCCUGAACAAUCCCGCCGGACCCAUCGUCGUGCCCGGACUUCCCGCCGGCCUGAUACGACCCUUCCCCGUGAGUCCACCCCAGCAGCAGCAACAGCCCCCACAGAAUCCGGACAUCAAGACGCUCCCUCCCUUCAUGCACACCCCGGAAAUGGUCCAGGCCGCCCACAACCAGCACUUCCUCGCGGCACAGUUCCAAGCGGCGGCCCUCGCACAUGCCCAAGCCGGUCAGCCAUUUCCGCCGCAUCCGGCUCACCUGCACAACCCAAACUUGCCACCUCGCGAUAGCUACCCGCUGUACCCGUGGCUGCUGAGUCGCCACGGCCGCGGCGUGUUCCCCAUUGGAUUCCCCGGCAACUACCUCAUCCCGUUCCGCAAGUCCAAGCGCGUCCGGACGGCGUUCUCGCCCUCGCAACUGCUGAAGCUGGAGCACGCCUUCGAGAGCAACCACUACGUGGUCGGAGCGGAGCGGAAGCAGCUCGCCCAGAACCUGAACCUCUCGGAAACUCAGGUCAAAGUGUGGUUCCAGAACCGGCGCACCAAACACAAGCGCAUGCAGCAGGAGGAGGGCAAAUCGGGCGAGUCCAGCGACCAGAACCGCUCCUCGGCGAGUCCGGCAUCCGGCGGAAGCUGCCCGGAGGACGACGACGAGGACGAAUUCAUCGACAUGGACGACUGCCCGAGCGACGAGGAAAAUAUGCACCACAAUGCGUGAGCUAACCCAUGACGACGGGGUAGAAAACUGUGAGGAAGACAUGUGCCAAAUAGACUUACCCACACACACACACACUGGAGUAGAAGUUGAGGAUGAUUAAUGGCGAGUGUGCGUGCGGCGUCCCAGCGAAUUAGCGAAAAAGUAUUAGCAUUUUGUGCAUGCAUUCAUGAGAGAGCGGAGCUGCAAUUGUACCAGUGAUUUGUUUUUAGCUAUUUAGAUCUUGUUUUUCGAUUCAUAAUGAGAGAUUUUAUAUUUUACUAUUUUUCCGGACCGAAUCUAACCUUUAAACUCUCCGAUAAGGCAAAACAAACAACGCAGACAGCGAUCGAUCAACCUAGAGAGAACAAAACGAUUCUCGGUUGCGAAGCCGGCCAUCCGGCCAGCAGUGAUCGUGUUGUGUAGAUAGGAAAUCUGUAUUGAAUGUGUAUAUAAUGAGUACUUAAUAGCUAUAUAAUAACAGGAGGCUUAAAUUGACUGUAAUUUAAUUUUUAUUCUACCCCCAUACACACAACGAACCCCACCUUCCCCUAAAUCCAAGAGUGAGAGUGCGGCAUUAAGAAAUGAAAGAGGGGAAAGAGAGAGAGAGAUCUUUUCCAAGUGUGUACAGACUUAUAUUUUUAUCAUUUAGUUUUUUUUUGCGUUCCGUGCAAGGAAGCUGAUGAGCUGAGGUAAACGACAGACAGGCAGCAGCAGCAGAAACAGCUGAAGCGCAGAUGAUGGAUGUAGAUUUAAAUUAAGUGGCCGCGAUGUAAUGAUGUAUAAAUGAUAUCGUUUGUGAAGCAAUUAUAACUACCCGUAAGAAUUCUCCUGAUAAAUUAAAAACAGAACAAAACAAUUGUAGUGAUAAAGAGAAUUAAAAUAAUCAAAUGAAAAGAAA